AAAGGGGAAAACUCUUCUAAUCGUCUGGGUUGUUUGGCAUCGCGGUAAUUUUUUUCUAAUUUUCCCUCAAAAUUCAAUCCAAAUUCCGUUCGGUUCUGAUUUCUUUUGUUGGUGCAAACCCGGUGCUUGUUGGGGAAAGUGUUUUCCGGCUGAUUCGCAGGUCGGCUGUAUGGGCAAACGAGUUUCCAGUUUCGUAGCGGCGGUGUGCGAAUCGUUCCUCCAAGCAGCAGCAGCAGCAUAGGGUAACCGAGGAGGGUCACCCCUCGUACACGGGAAGUUGUGUCUUGCCUGCCGGGAAGCAGCCAUGGAGUCCGAGUACUAUGACGAGGACCAGCCACAACAGCAGCAACAACAAACGCACCCACCGAAGAAGUCUACAAAGCAGAACAACGCUUUGCCACUAUGGGGAAACGAAAGUACAAUGAACCUAAACCCUCUGAUCCUGGCCAACAUUCAGGGGUCCAGUUACUUCAAAGUGUCCUUGUUCAAACUGAAGACUUACCAUGAAGUUGUGGAUGAAAUCUACUACCAGGUCAAACAUUUGGAACCAUGGGAACGAGGGUCCCGCAAGACGUCCGGUCAAACGGGCAUGUGCGGUGGGGUGCGAGGAGUCGGCGCAGGUGGUAUCGUUUCUACCGCAUUUUGUCUACUCUACAAGCUGUACACUCUACGUUUGACGAGGAAGCAAGUCAACGGCCUUCUCACCCAUGGUGAUUCACCGUAUAUUAGAGCAUUAGGUUUUAUGUAUCUGAGAUUUACUCAACCUCCAGGGGACUUGUACGAUUGGUACGAGUCGUACCUUCUUGACGAAGAAGAAAUUGACGUGAAAGCUGGAGGUGGCCAGACUAUGACAAUCGGCCAGAUGAUUCGCCAGUGGCUAACCAAAUUGGAUUGGUUUUCCACCUUGUUUCCGCGAAUUCCCGUACCAAUCCAAAAGCAGAACGAAUCUAAACUAGAGCAGUUCGCUCGGGAAAACAACGUCACUUUUUCCGAACCGGCAACCGAUCGCUACAGUAAAACAGGCGCUCAGCGUUACGAACGGUCGGGUACGAGCACACGAGAAGACUACGGUGAACCGAGCCGUGUAAAGUAUACUGGGCAUUGCGAUCGCGAUCGGGAACCGGUUCGAUCAGCUUCGAGAUUCGAACGGGAUGAUGACCUUCGACGUGGAAGAGACAGAGAACCGGAAAGGGAUCGAAAUCGGGAUAAGGAUAGAGAUCGCGAUAGGGAUAGGAGAGAUCGGGAUCGGGAUCCCGAUCGUGGCGGUCGGGAACAUCGACGCGAAAAACGGUCUCGUUCCCGAGAUCGGGAACGUAAUCGUGACCGAGAUAGGGACUACGAUCGACGGUAUCGCUAGGUAUUGAAUUUUGCACACACAAACACUCUGGGCCAAGGGAGGAGUGUUUUAAACUGUAAUUUAUUUCUUCGGUCGGUCACUCGAUGACGUUUUAGAACAAGUUGAGUAAAAUACUUAAUGAAUGCAUGUUCUUUUAGAUAAUAUCAUUUUGAGGAAGAUUUUGAACUCCACAAACUAACAUUGUUUUGUACGGCUACAGGUGGAACCGUUUGCUACGUUUAAUUUUUAACACGACGAAUACCAACGGAUUGGGUCCGUCCUGGAGCUCGUCGCCUUCAAGACAAACUAGAAUACUGAGUACCUUUAUACAGGCGAAUAGCAGCAACUUCAUUACGGGAUAUAGAUGUUUACUUUCCUUUUUCUUUUACUUAAUCUUAUACUUUCUUUCAUACCUCAACAACAUACAGUUACAAUUACAAUAAAUACAGUUAAAUCGCAACGUUAAUCCACACUGGAAUCUCCCUAGCAAGACACAACUGUGGCAUGAAGAGGAAGAGAACAACAAGCUAAUUAUUUUGCACUGUUAGUAGGUUUUACGACGUUCUUUGCUGUAGCAACUGUCACUGCAGCAAUUUACCAUAAAACGGGUAGAGACGGAAUCAAAAGUUGUCCUCUUCGGCCCUGGGUUUCGAUUCUGGUGUGAUUAUCGUAAGCGUAGUACCUCCGCUAAGAAUCUUAUCAUUUUUCAACUUUCAACUCCGCUUCUACACCAACGCGAAAGUUACGGCAUUUCGAUGGAUGCGUCGUUGUCGUCACCUUACAAUAAACAGAAAAAGCGAACCACGAAGAGUUUCUACCUCAAAUACGAUAGAUAAGCAUAGCUCGUACGUGUCCAUUGUUUUGUAAGGAACUUUCGUAGCUCUACACUUACAUUUUCCAUAA